AUGAUCAGACAUCAUCGAGAACCCGGGUUCAUAUCCGACUUCUGCCAGGCGUUCAAUAAAACCCUGUGUCAGCGGCAGCGAGCGACGAUGGCGUAUCGACCUCAAGCCAACGGGACCGUGGAACUGGUACCGACAGCGACCAGGGCACUCAAGAUGUACGUUCGCGAUCUAGAUCAGAAGGGUUGGGAUGAGUACGCUGAGCGCCUCACCUUCGUGAUCUACACGGCCGACGAUCGGAUUCGGGGAGAUACAACUAUUUUUUUGGUAAAAUGGCCACAAUUCCAGUCGGAGGCACCAGACGGCGCGAUCGUGACCCACGAAGGUGGCGCUAUCAUAUCCAACGGUAUUAUCACAGUCACGGGAACAGGUCAACGUCAGAUUGCGAGAAAUCGCGCCAGUCGCCAUAGUGAGGACGUUGGAUCGCACCAGAUCAAUGUGCGAUCUUGGGUUUGGUUAUAUCUUGACCGAGUGAGAAAGGGGUACGCUCACAAAUUGGCUCACCUCUGGCGUGGGCCAUCCCGUGUCGCUGAGAAGAUCAAUGAAUUCACCAUCAAACUCGAGAUCACAGGCACAGGAUACCGGAUAUUCCCGGUAGUUCAGGGGUCGAAGCUAAAACUGGUAAAUAACUUCCCCGAUGGGCCUCGAGUCGAACUCACAGUGAAUGAAUCGGAUCGCCUCGACUUUGAUGAGAUCCUGCUCGCAGAGGAUAGUUGGGUCCCGGCUCUUGAAGUCGACAGAUACGAGGUUGAACGGAUGUCGGAUUGGGUGGGAUACGAAGAACCGACCUGGGUCGACGAGGCCGACCUCAACUGCGGCGCGAUACUGAACGCUUUCCUGCGAGAACGCGUGAAUCACAAUCGUUUCAACGUAAUGCAGUCACACGAUGAGAUGUGA